AUGCUUUAUCUUUUGGUACAAGUUAACGAAAGUAUCAAGUGUGUCAUCUCUGAACGUAUAGUAAGCAUAGAAUCUACAGUUAAUAAAUUUUGUGAUCUUUUUAAUGCUGUUAUAGCAGAACAAUAUAAUAAUAGAGAGGUGCAAGUUUUUGUUAGAAGAGAAAAGUCUGAAAGUUGGCGAGAAGUUGAUAAUGGGUUAAAUAGUGAUCUAAAAAUAUUAGAAGUUUUUGGAUUUUUGCAACAAACUUUUAUUUCCUCAAUGUCAAACUGA